AUGAACAGCCACCCGGCGACCAAAAAAAACCACCUAGUGCUGGUGGUUCUUACCGAUCCCAAGCGACGUGGUAACGCGGAUGACCAAAGUCUGGAGAACGACAUCAGGCCCAUGGACAGCAAGUCGGUGUUGCUGAGGAUGCCAAACAGCUCUGCUAGGCCUGGGAACCGACUGGAACCUCCUCGCUACUACCGUCUCCUGGAAUUCGAUGCCAUUGGCCAUGACUUUGAGAGCCACAUCAGGGCGGAUCUGAGCGAUUUCAUCGGGCAAAUGUUCCGUCACCGACGUCAUGGGAGUCUGCUGCGCAUCACAAGCCAGAGGAACCACAACCCCAACCUCUUGACCCGCCUUUUGGUAACUGAAGUGGACAAGGUGUUGGUGGAACUGCGCUGUCGCCUGAAGUCAAUCAGCAUAGACUACUUUGACGUCCGAAAAUUCGACAUGGUCAACAUGCUGGUGGAACCCAUUGCGGUUCCCAAUCGACGAAGGGUCACACCCUGCGGAAAGAGUGUUUCGAGCACCAGGGAUCUGUUCCAGUGGCUGACCAAUGACCUUACCUCCAUAAGAGGUCGUGGGAUCGGCGAUGACUAUCUGGACUUUGAGUUUGUCUUCCGGGAUAGCUUGGCCCUGCAGCACAGGGUUCGUCUCUCAAUGUUCCACAUCUUCGGCAGCGAAAGCCGACCCGACUUGGGCGAGUUCUUUACGAAUUUGCCACAGGGCAGGCCAAGUGGCAGCACCCUUCUGAACGAUUGCUUGAAGGAGUCCUUUGACUUCAGGAGCCCCAACUGUGCAGUGGUCUUGUUUGAAGUGCCCAUGGCUCCCGAUCAAAGUGAUUCGAGGCGCAAGAUCUUGAAGCUGGCGGCCUUAGCCUUUGGAUCCCUGGAGAAGUGCCGAAAAUUACUUGCUAAAUCGGAACCGAAAUCAGUCUCGCAGAGCUCUAUCAACUUGAGCAAGCUAGGCAGGGCCUCUGGAACGCGCAGCUCUGUGAGAUUAGUGCCUGAUGUAUCCCUAGCCCAUUGGCGUCGCACUGCCAAGUUCUCUCACGAGGACUACAAUGGGCUGGCCUACUGGUACGGUCGCAUAGACUCCAAGUUUGCGGAGCUAAAACUGGCCAUGGAGCAGCAUCUUGUGGAUCUAUAUAGGCGGAAAAGCUUGGACCUGCGCAGUGAGAUUAGAUCCAUCAACCAAGACCCGGGGGAGGAGAUCGAUGAGAGUGGUGGCGAUGGAGCCAGGCUGCAAAGGCCACCCAGGGAAGUGGACUCCUCCAGGAAAGUCUACUCCGUCUUGAAGAAGGAGUUCAACAGACUCGAAACAGAGGCGGAGAAAACCACCUUCGCCCCCCCUUUGAAGGUCUACAUCAGCACCAAGAACUACGAGCUGUCGGAGGCGGAGAAGGCCCUCAGGCACAGGGAGGUCGAGAACCUGCGACUGGGCUUGAUUCAGUACAUCAGUACGCCGGACUCCAGCAUUUCCGGGGACUAGAAGUUUAACUAAAUGUCACCGUGGCACCCGUGAAGUCUAGUGAAACUCCUUUUCCCCAGUGAAAGCCUCGAAGAAUAAAUGUUCAAUGGUCGAUUUGCUUUA